GCAAUUGUUUAUAAUUCAUCUUCUACGUCUUGCCAUUUGACACACGUAGAGUGGCAGCAAAUUUGAACAAUUCUAAAAUAUUCAUUUUUUAUAUAAAGUCGCUGCUGAUGAAGUAGUAUGUGGGGGGUGUUAUUGGAUGAUGAAAUUACAGGUCUUGUAGUGUGUGGCUCAUCAUCAUGGCUUCAAAAUUCAAACAUGGAUCAUCUAUGGUUCGGAAGAUCACGCAGCUGAGCAAUGAUUUGGAUCAGGAAACUGAGAACGGAGGUGUUGGUCUUGCUACCUACACGGUUCACAUUCCUCCAACGCCUGAUAACCAGCCUAUGGAAAUUUCCUUGGAGAGGUCAACUUCCCAGAGAGUGGAGGACCAGUACGCUUCAAGUUCUAUGUUCACUGGUGGUUUUAACCAGCUUACGCGUGCCCAUUUGAAGGACAAGGUGAUUGAAUCCGAAUCCAGCCAUCCCCAGAUGGCUGGAGCAAAAGGGUCACCUUGUGCAGUGCCUGGUUGUGAUGGAAAAGUGAUGACUGACGAGAGGGGAUUGGAUAUAGUCCCUUGUGAGUGUGACUAUAAGAUUUGUAGAGAUUGUUACAGAGAUGUUUUGAGGACUGGUGAAGGGAUUUGCCCUGGUUGCAAAGAGCCUUAUAAGGAGCCUGAGAUGCAAGAGGCUUCUAUGGUUAAUCAACAGGCACUGCCUUUGCCUCCUGGUGCUGGGGUGUCCAAGAUGGAGAGGAGGUUGUCGUUGAUGAAAUCAACGGCUUUGAUGAGGAGCCAAACUAAUGAAUUUGAUCAUGCUCAGUGGUUGUUUGAAACCAAAGGGAGCUAUGGAUAUGGAAAUGCUAUGUGGCCAAAAGAUGCUGAAAAUGAUGCCAGUUCUGGUUCUGAUUGGAUGGGGGGUGAUCCUAAUGUUUUCAAUGAAAAGCAGUGGAGGCCUUUGACCAGGAAAUUGAGUAUUUCUGCUGCAGUUCUCAGUCCAUAUAGGCUCAUAAUAUUAGUUCGGUUAGUGGUUCUUGCUUUCUUCCUAAAGUGGAGGGUCCAAAAUCCCAAUGAAGAUGCACUCUGGCUGUGGGGCAUGUCUGUGGUUUGUGAAAUCUGGUUUGCCUUCUCAUGGCUGCUUGAUCAGCUUCCUAAGCUCUUUCCGAUAAACCGUGUGGCUGAUCUCGAUGUUUUGAAAGAGAAGUUUGAAACAUCUAAUCCUUCCAAUCCUUCUGGAAAGUCUGAUCUUCCAGGAAUAGACAUGUUUGUGUCAACUGCAGAUCCAGAGAAAGAACCACCACUUGUUACUGCAAAUACUAUUCUUUCUAUUCUAGCUGCUGAUUAUCCUGUUGAGAAACUUUCAUGUUAUGUCUCUGAUGAUGGAGGUGCACUUCUAACCUUUGAGGCCAUGGCAGAGGCGGCAAGUUUUGCCAAUUUGUGGGUUCCUUUUUGCCGGAAGCACGACAUUGAACCGAGGAACCCGGAAACUUAUUUUAAUCUCAAGAGAGAUCCUUACAAGAACAAAGUUCGCUCUGACUUUGUAAGGGACCGCAGGCGAGUAAAGCGCGAGUAUGAUGAGUUCAAGGUUCGGAUUAAUGGCCUUCCUGAUUCAAUCCGGCGCCGUUCUGAUGCUUAUAAUGCUAGAGAAGAAAUCAAAGCUAUGAAGCUUCGUAGAGAGAAUGGAAAUGAUGAACCAAUUGAGAAUUUGAAAAUUCCUAAAGCUACAUGGAUGGCUGAUGGUACUCACUGGCCAGGUACUUGGACAAUUCCUUCACCAGAACAUUCCAGGGGUGAUCAUGCCAGUAUUAUACAGGUAAUGAUAAAACCCCCAAGUGAUGAACCACUGAGUGGCACAGAAUCAGAUUCAAAUGCCAUGGAUUUAACAGAAGUUGAUAUUCGUCUUCCUAUGCUUGUCUAUGUUUCUCGUGAAAAACGACCUGGUUAUGACCACAACAAAAAAGCUGGGGCCAUGAAUGCGCUGGUUCGAGCCUCAGCCAUUAUGUCCAAUGGCCCUUUCAUUCUUAAUCUUGACUGUGACCAUUACAUAUACAACUCUCAAGCCCUGAGAGAAGGGAUGUGUUUCAUGAUGGACCGUGGUGGCGACAGGAUCUGCUACGUUCAAUUUCCUCAAAGGUUUGAAGGAAUUGAUCCUAAUGAUCGCUAUGCCAAUCAUAACACUGUCUUCUUUGAUGUCAACAUGCGAGCUCUGGAUGGAAUUCAAGGUCCUGUAUAUGUUGGCACAGGAUGCUUAUUUAGAAGAACUGCACUGUAUGGCUUUGAUCCACCAAGGGUGAAAGAGGAGACUAGUUGGUUUGGUGGAAAGAACAAGAAAUCAUCAACUGUUGCCUCUGUCUCUGAAGCUGGUUCUGAGGACAAGUCACUUAGAAAUGGUGGCAUUGAAGAGGAAGAAAUGACAAUUGCUCUUAUUCCAAAGACAUUUGGCAACUCAAGCCUUCUUGUUGAUUCAAUAAGGGUGGCCGAGUUCCAAGGCCGCCCCCUGGCUGAUCAUCCGUCUAUCAAGAAUGGACGUCCGCCCGGCGCACUAACUCUUCCUCGUGAUCUACUUGAUGCUGCAACUGUUGCUGAGGCCAUCAAUGUGAUCUCAUGUUGGUAUGAAGAUAAGACUGAAUGGGGCCUUAGAGUUGGGUGGAUUUAUGGUUCUGUUACUGAGGAUGUUGUGACUGGUUAUAGAAUGCAUAAUAGGGGAUGGAAGUCUGUAUAUUGUGUCACCAAAAGAGAUGCUUUCCGUGGCACUGCUCCAAUCAAUCUCACAGAUAGAUUACAUCAGGUUCUUCGAUGGGCAACUGGCUCGGUUGAGAUCUUCUUUUCGCGAAACAAUGCUCUUUUGGCUAGCUCUAGAUUGAAAUUUCUGCAGAGAAUUGCUUACCUUAAUGUUGGAAUUUAUCCAUUCACUUCCAUAUUCCUUAUUGUUUAUUGCUUCCUUCCAGCACUAUCGCUUUUCACCGGCCAGUUCAUUGUUCAGACCCUUCAAGUAACCUUCCUAGUUUACCUCUUGGGAAUUACCUUGACCCUUGUUCUUCUUGCUGCUUUGGAGAUCAAAUGGUCUGGUAUUGAACUUGAAGAAUGGUGGAGGAAUGAACAGUUUUGGUUGAUUGGAGGCACAAGUGCUCAUCUUGCUGCUGUUCUUCAGGGUCUACUAAAGGUGAUGGCUGGCAUUGAGAUUUCAUUCACUUUGACAUCAAAAUCUUCAGGUGACGAUGAAAAUGAUGAAUUUGCUGAUCUUUAUGUAAUCAAGUGGACCUCUCUUAUGAUACCACCCAUCACAAUUAUGAUGGUCAAUUUGAUAGCAAUUGCCGUGGCAGUUAGCAGAACAAUAUAUAGUGAUGAUCGUCAAUGGAGCAGUUUACUUGGAGGUGUGUUUUUCAGUUUUUGGGUCUUGACUCAUUUGUAUCCCUUUGCAAAAGGGCUUAUGGGUAGAAGGGGUAGGACACCCACUAUUGUGUUUGUAUGGUCAGGUUUAAUAUCAAUUACUAUCUCACUACUCUGGGUUGCUAUUGACCCUCCUUCUGGCAGCAGUCAAAUUGGAGGAUCAUUCCAAUUCCCUUGAUUUUACGGUGCUCACUUUUGAGGUAGCACUUGUAAGCAAUUCAGACACCCCUUUCGGUUGACGAGAUUUUGUAGUUACAUUCAUUGUUCGACAAGCUGUUGCUUAUAUUUGAUUGAUCAUACAAGGAAUGAAUCUUACAAAUUUUUUCACCCGUUCUCAUUGACCCCUUUGCAAGCUUGCUGGUUGUGACUUUAUUACUGGAUAAUCUAUGAUUUAUGUUCUUAUAAAUAGGAUUAAAUUUGAUUUUAGUUUGUAAAAAUGUUUGGUUAGUUUUAGUCCUCUAAAAAUUUAUUUAUUUUUAAAAUAAUUCCUAUUAUUAUUUAUUGAUGACAUGAUAUACAUCAUAUAUGUUCUAUC